AUGAAUUGCCACAUUUGCAAGCUUUCUGGGACUUUUUUCCUGGUCUUGCUAGCGUUGAAUUUGGUCCAAGCAUGGUCUCCUAACAAUAGUUAUGUUCCCGCCAAUGUGACCUGCGAUACCGACAUCAAUUUAGUGCGUAAAGCAUCCGGAUUGUCCGAUAAUGAAACUGACUGGCUCCAGAAACGUAAUCCGAUUGCGGAAGCCGCGUUACGGGAGUUUUUGGAUCGGGCGACGAAGAAUUUUACCAAUUCUUCCCUAGUUGGUCAACUCUGGGACCAGAAGAAGAUCCCCAAAAUCGGUAUUGCAUGUUCUGGUGGUGGUUACCGAGCCAUGUUGAGUGGCGCUGGAAUGCUUUCGGCUAUGGAUAAUCGGACCGACGGUGCCAAUGAUCACGGACUAGGUGGACUUUUACAAAGUGCUACUUACUUAGCAGGGCUCUCCGGUGGGAAUUGGCUUGUGGGGUCGUUGGCAUGGAACAACUGGACCUCUGUACAAGACGUCAUCAAUUCCAAUGGUAAUGAUGAUCAGUUGUGGGAUAUCUCUAACUCCCUAAUCAAUCCAGGCGGUGUCAAUAUUGUAAGCUCGAUUUCCAGAUGGGAUCAUAUUUCUGACGCAGUUCAAGCUAAACAAGACGCUGGAUUCAACGUUUCUUUGACGGACGUUUGGGGCAGAUCCUUGUCGUACGAAUUCUUCCCCACGCUUUACCGCGGUGGGGUCGGUUAUACCUGGUCGACACUAAGAGAAGCAGAUGUCUUCAAGAAUGGGGAAAUGCCUUUCCCAAUCACGGUAGCAGAUGGGAGAUAUCCGGGGUCUACUGUCAUUAACUUGAAUGCGACUUUGUUCGAAUUCAAUCCAUUCGAAAUGGGGUCCUGGGAUUAUUCUUUGCGUGCAUUCACCGACGUCAAGUUUUUGGGUACACAGGUCAACAACGGAACCCCUGUUAAUAAAGGUACCUGCGUCAACGGUUACGAUAACACUGGGUUUGUGCUUGGUACUUCGUCUACUUUGUUCAACCAAUUCUUGCUCGGAUUGAACACAACAUCUUUGCCCUCUUUCUUGAAGAGCUUGUUACAUGGCAUCUUGACAGACCUUUCUCAUGAUUCCGAUGACAUCGCGCUUUACCAGCCAAAUCCUUUUAAGGGAACCGAGUUCAUGCCCGACAACUACACUAAGAGCAUCUCUGAAUCUGAUAUUCUGUAUCUUGUUGAUGGUGGUGAAGAUGGCCAAAACAUUCCUUUGGUCCCAUUGCUACAACAAGACCGUGAUCUUGAUGUCAUUUUCGCACUUGAUAAUAGUGCCGACACUGACGAGAGCUGGCCGGCGGGUUUGUCCCUGAUUAGCACUUACGAACGGCAAUUUGGGUACCAAGGUCUCGAUAUUGCCUUUCCUUACGUCCCAGACGUUGAUACGUUCUAUAACUUGGGUUUAAACGAACGUCCAGUGUUUUUUGGAUGCGAUGCUUCAAAUUUGACUGACCUAAGGUACACUCCACCUCUUAUUGUCUACAUGCCAAACAACCGUCAAUCCUAUAACUCGAACACAAGCACGUUCAAGAUGUCCUAUAGUUCCACGGAACGUUUGAGCAUGUUCAAGAACGGGUUUGAGGCCAUUACCAGAAACAAUUUGACUGAUGACUCUGGAUUCAUGGGCUGUGUCGCAUGUGCUAUUAUGAAGAGACAACAACAGGCUUCCAACUACACACUCCCAUCCGAAUGUAAUCAGUGUUUUACUGAUUACUGUUGGGAUGGUAAAACUACGAACAAAUCAGCCGAUAUUACUACUGUUAACCCUUACACAGGAUCUGCCAGCUUCACUACCGAUAGUUCUGCGGCUACUUCGUCUUCUAGCUCUUCUAGUUCUUCUAGUUCAUCCGCCAGCUCCAAGAAGUCGGAUGCUACAAUGCUUGCUGUCCCCAAGGCCUACACAAAUGCGUACGUGCUCGCCGCUGCUGCUAUAGGUGCCCUUGUUGGCGGACUCUGCAUUUGA